AUGAGAUGGAUGGUGGGAAUUGGUGUUACUCUUGUGCAACCCCAUUGGGAAUGCUCUCCCAGAGAGAAUGCAGACACAAAAUCAAUCGCGAGUGUGCAGAAGGGAAAAAUGUCUCGAAAAUUGGUGCGAGAGAAAUGUUUGCAUCGAUAUUGUCAAACCCUCGUACUCACCGAUCAUAAUCAAGGGGCGUCCUUUGUGCUCCGUGGUUGCUCGGAGAAUUUCGGGGCCGUAAAUGUGAAACAGUUUGAGCAACUCGAGGAGAAUCACUGCAAAUCG